GGUUGGACGCUGCCUCGCGCAGAGCUGGAACAGGCACUGUCAGCUGAUGGGGAAGGCAGGAGAAUAACCAGAAGCCAGCCUGGAAAUCACACUGGGGAAAGUCCAGUUGUAUUUCCAGUGACGAGUCCUAGAGACAGAAAGACAAGCCUGUGUGUAGCUGACCUUUCUGAGAAGAAGCAGAAAAUCAUAUUUUGUCUUUAGGGGGAAAAGAAGCAAUAUUUACACUGUCUUUGUGCAUCCUGAAGAAAUAAGUAAGAUAUAAAAAACACCUAAAAAAUAAAAAUGGCUGAACUGGAGCAUGGAACGUUGUUUUCAACUCCUCGGAUUAGUGAUGGAGAAAAUCCAGUGAUUCCUGCAAGAAAGGCUCUUUGCAGCCAGAAGUACAAACCUGUUGACUAUAAACAUCUGUAUGAACUUGCUGCAGAGGCAAAAAUGGCCUCUGAAAAAACUCAGUUAAAGAUUAAAAAAACAGAGCAAGUUUCAAAAAUUACCAAAGAGCAAAUGCUGCUGAAACAGCACCGGCAGGUGUGGUGGCAGGAGCACAGGAGGCUGAGCCAGAGCAGGCAAAAAGUAGAAGGAGAAAUAAAGACUUUUCUUGAUGAAGAAAGUCAUAAGCACAACUUCUUUUUGGAUUUGAGGGACUUGGAGCAGGAAUUGUCCAGGCAGUGGGACACUUACCAAACAAACACUGUAGUUCCUGUCUGGCAGCUAAAGGAGGAUUUAAAACUCCAGCUGGCAGAAAUGCAGCAUUCCCUCUCAGAAGAAUCUUGUCAGAAACCUGAGAUCGAUUCAUUUGAGAUGUUACAGCAGGUCAAAUCUGUGAAGAACCAGCAGAAGGCAGUUUUGGAAGGUCUUGUCCUUGAAAGUCUGGCUUUGGAGAGAGAGCUUGAAGACUAUAAAGCAAAUGCAUUAGCGGGCUCUUUUGAGGAGAAAAAUGGGCUUUUCCAUGAAGUUCCUGCCGAGCUGCUGUCUCUGGAAUGCCCUUACCCUGACCUGAAGACCUUGGUGAUCCAGGAGUACCAAGAGCUCGCCAGUGGAUACUGGGCGAGGCUUCAGGAGGUCGACCAGCAGUUGGAAGCUUUAUCCAGGAACAGUGACUGGAAUGAAGAAGAUCAGUGGGUUUUCCAGGCUGUUAUCAAUCAGUAUCCAAGUGAUCUUCAGAGGAGGAGGACUUUGUACCUGGAUAUGCUGCAGAGAUACCUUCCCCACAAAUCCUGGCAUGAGCUGGUUGCUCAUGAGAAAGCUUGGGAUCAUUACCAUUGCGUCAGGAACCAGCGCAGGGCCCUGCUGCUGAGCUGGGCUCAGGCCAGCAAAGCCUUUGUGCUCAGGGCACUGGCAACUGCUGCUGAAGCUGCUGCUGCUCAGGAGGCACAAGUGGUGCUGGCUGACUCCAGGCAGAAGCAACUGGAGAUCUGUGCUGAGCUGAAAGCAAAGGUUCUACAGUGGAAAGCACAGCAGGAAGAAGCUGCUAAACUAGAAGCUGCUGUAGCUGCCAGAAGAAAAGAAAAGGAAGAUGAGAGAAAAAGGCUACAGAGAGAACAGGAAACCAGUCGCAGAGCUCAGGAGAAAGAGAAACUGAAAAAAUACUGGACUGAGAAACAGCUCAAGUGGCAAGAACAGGAGGAGAGAGAUCUACAACGUCUGGAGGAAUUGAGAAAAUUAAUGGCUGAACAAGCGGCUAAAGACAGAGAAAGGGUGGAAUUCCGACGGGUGCUGCUGGAGAAGCGGCUGCUGGAGAGAAAGGAGCAGGUCCUGCUCCAGGCCCGGGCACAGGAGGAGAGAGAGAAGCGCCUGGAGAUGCUGCGGCAGCAGGUUGCUGUUGUUGCACAGUCAGACCCAGCCCGAGCAGUGGCUGACACGGUGGCAUCGAGGGCCCGGAUGGGCAUCGGAGCCAACCAGGAGUUUGAGCUGCAGCAGCCCCUGUUCAGGCUGCACACCUACAGUGAGGAGCAGGUCAUUUCUGACCCCAGACUCCGUGUCGAGCUCGCUCUCCGAGAAGCUGGACUGCACAAAACACUCUAUGCAAGAGAGAUUUUGCCAAAAAUUCCUCCACCAAAGCUUCCAAGAAGAGACAUGGAAUCUACAGCUUUUGAAGUGUAGAGCAUCUCUUGUCUCAGGAGGUGCAAACCUCAGGAGGAGCUUCAGGGGUGUUGGUGUGUCACACCCAAGUUCUGCAGAGACAGGGAUGUCCAGUUUUCACCCCUCAGAACUCUGCUGGCAAAGCCCUCCCAG